GAGGUGCGCUGUGGGAUCGCUCGCUGGUUCAUAGUCAGUCGAAUGGCGCUGCUCCAGAGAGUCACAGCGAGCAGCUGACUCUCAGCAGAGCUUCUCUGGGCUCCAGCUGUACAGAUCUUCCGAGAGCCGCCGCUGUACUGAUACAGAUCCUGCAGGAGGAGCAGCAGCGGAUCCAGGACCUCCUCUCCCUCUCUCUGUCUCUCUCUCUGACUCUGAACAGCACAGACCGCGCUGAGGAGCCGAGUCUCUCCUCCACACCGAGGUCUUGCCGCUGGGGGGAGCCGAAGUAAACAAACUUCAAACGAGCGCUGGACUUUAAUCUACACAGAUUUCUCUCAUGAAAACUGUUUAUGUGGAUGGCUUUGUUGGCACCUGGUAAAAGGCAGGUGAUGUAAUGGAUGCAGCGCUCUCUGCCAGGCCAGAAUCACCCCUGCUGUCUGCUGAACUCCACUGAGAUCGGUUCUGAUGAGUCACAUUACAAGCACUGCCCCACAUGUAGUGAUGCAAGAUUGCUUCUCAGAUCCAGACGCUAUGACCAGCUCUCACUGCACCCCCAACCCAGACAGAGCAAUGGUGCCCCUGCUGCCCUGCAAGCUCUGUCUUGGAGAGUUUCCUCUGGAGAAAAUGACCAGCAUCUCCCAGUGCCAGUGUGUCUUCUGCAGCCUGUGCUUAAAGCAGUAUGUGGAGCUGCUGAUCAGAGAGGGCCUGGAAACAGGCAUCAGCUGUCCAGACUCUGCCUGUCCGAAUCAGGGCCAGUUACAGGAGAUUGAGAUUGAAGCUAUGGUGACUGCAGAUGUCAUGCAGCGGUACAAGAGGCUACAGUUUGAGCGAGAGGUUCUGCUGGACCCCUGUCGGACCUGGUGCCCAUCCUCAUCAUGCCAGGCUGUGUGCCAGCUGAAAGAAGCGGAGGUGCGCGUGCCUCAGCUGGUGCAGUGCCCCCUGUGCAGCCUGCGCUUCUGCUCUUCCUGCCGGGGAGACUGGCACACAGGGCAGGCCUGCCGCAGCAGUCUGCCCAUCAUCACUUUCCUACCUGGAGAGAAUGGUUCCAUUUGUAAGAGUGAAGAGGACGAGGCUCCUAUAAAGCGCUGUCCGAAAUGUAAAGUGUACAUAGAGAGAGACGAGGGCUGCGCCCAGAUGAUGUGUAAGAACUGCAAACAUGCAUUCUGCUGGUACUGCCUGGAAUCAUUGGAUGAUGACUUCUUAUUGAUCCAUUAUGACAAAGGACCAUGUCGGAAUAAACUGGGUCAUUCCAGAGCCUCUGUCAUCUGGCAUCGGACACAGGUUGUGGGGAUUUUUGCUGGCUUUGGUUUGCUGCUGCUGGUGGCCUCCCCAUUCCUGCUUGUGGCCACACCUUUCGUCCUAUGCUGCAAAUGCAAAUGUGGCCGAAGAGAUGACGACCCCUUACCCACUUAGAGGUCCAUCAUCAGCUCUGAUUCAGAUUCCUCUGAAACUCAGCAAAAUGAGUUUUACCCUACCUGUGCUCUGGGGAACUCUUUUGGCUGGACUCUUACAGGCACUUAAUCGCACUGGAGGUGCAUCUACUGUGGGUUGAUGCUGAGAGAGACUGCAGUCUAAAGGAACAUUAGAACAGCCUCUAAAAAAGACAGCAGGAGUCUGGGAUUUACACCAUUUACAGUUCGGAUGGAAAUAAAAGGAGGAGACUUUCAGAGCGUAAGAGUGUAACACCGUGAGCUCAGUUCACAGUGUCUGAAGAUGUAUACUUUUGCUUCGUUGUGGCUAGAAUUCCUUGACAGAUGGACACAGCCAUGAAAGCUGACUAAGAACUUUGUUGGUCAAAGUUUUCAAUCAGAAAAUUAAGCUAAAGCUGAAACAAAAGCUGUAAAAAAUAUAAGCCAUAAAUUGGGCUUUUUUUCGAAGAUGGAUUUUAUUUUCUGUGUAGCAAGCCAAAUAACCUGAUCAGUCCACGUUUGCUGCAAAACUGCAAAAUAACAUUUGGACUUACUUAUGUCCUUUCAUUUUUGACUUUUUGAAGCUGUAGCACCACCUUUGUUCUUGUUAUAAGUAGCACCCACUUUUUGUCUCAUGACUUGCUGCUUUCCAGACUCUGUCUUCCAUUUGAUGCUGGUUAGCAAGAACAUUUCAGAGAUUGCAAAAAUGGCCUGUUGAGAGCCUGUUAUAGACCACUUGAAGGCCUAUCAUAGCUGGGGGAAAGAUGUAGGGUGAUUUAGCCUAAUGUGGGACACCUAAGCUUUAUGUCUUCUAGGGGUGGGCGAUGUGGUCCUAAAAUAAUAGCACGAUAUUUCAUGGUAUUUUUGCGAUAACAAUACUCUUGGCGAUAUGACAAAAUACUGAAUAGCAAAAAUUAUUUCAAGAAUACACUAUUGCAACAAAAUGAAAAUUAAAUUUUACUAUUGCAUACAAUAUGAUGUUGCACACCUCUAACUGAGAUAUUAAAAAAAUAUUUUAUCAGAUUUGUAACAGAAGUCAAUGAUCCAGAAUGUCACGAUACUAAUAACGCACAUCAAAUAUCUCUAUAUAUCCAGGAUUAAAGUAAAAUAAACGAUACUGGGCAGUUAUAAUAUAUAAAAUAGUAGAUAGUAGCUAUAUAAUGGAAAAUGUGAACAGUGUGAGUUUUUCUUUUGCUAAAAACAGCAAAAAAAAUUAGUGCUCUGAUGUGAUAAUUAGGGGAUAUUUCAGGGUGUAAUAUCAUUCACGAUAUUCAAAAAUGUUGACAAUAUUAUUGCGUAUGAUAUGCUAUAGCACACCCCACACCAAAUGUAUUUUUCAAAUAAAUCAGUAAAUAAGUAAAAUAAUUAACUAAGUUAAAAUACUCUAUAAUCUUGGAUUAGGGUGGAGCAAUCUUCAAACAGGAAGCACCCUAAACUCAAAAAUGUCCCACAUCAGGAUAAUUCUCACUACAGAAAUUUACUAUAAAGAUGCCAAAUGCCUUUUCCACCACAUGUAUCACUGUUUAUCACAAUUCAGUCAUGUAAACAUAUCAGAGUGUCCUCACACUGAAACCUAUCCUAGCUGUGGUAAAUGUGAUGAUAAUGGUAAAAUGUACAGUUGCAUUGUUUUUGGUUGUUCUCUCUGUCCUUUUGCUAAUCAUAGUUUGUUUUAAAGCAUUUUCUGCUGCAUGUUCUGAUCCUGUCUCGCACUGAAAGCUUUAUUCUCUGACCUAGACAUGGUGACCUGUAGUAACCCUACCAACCAGGUGGGUUCAGGGUAAUCAGGUCAGCAGAGUAUAACUACUCGCUUUACCAGGUGACCUUUUUUGUGUAGAAUUUGUACAACUGUCCUUCUUUGCCAAAUGCAGUGUUAAAGCCUAUUUUUUGGCCAUUUCCAGGCACAUACUCACAGUUAAUAAUACCGCCUCAGUCUGUUAGUCUAAUGUGGUUCUGACCUUUUUGGCAGUGAAACAUGCCUUUCUGUUUCCCUGUGUCUCAUUCAGCAAGUGCAGCAACUAUAUUCUAUAGUGAUACUGUGCAUAAUGUGAACUCACACUUCUGUUGUUGUUUAUAAAUAUUAGUAUUGAAAUGUC